GCAAGUCAGGAGGCUGGCUCAACGGCCCCUCGAAGGCGGCGGGACGGAGCCUCGGAGGUCGGACCUACGACGGGCCCCGGAGAGCAGGGCUGAUGGACACGUUCAGCACCAAGAGCCUGGCCCUGCAGGCCCAGAAGAAGCUCCUGAGCAAGGUGGCAUCCAAGGCGACAGUGGCUGUGUUUGUGGACGACACGAGCAGUGAGGUGCUGGACGAGCUGUACCGCGCCACCAAGGAGUUCACGCGCAGCCGCAAGGAGGCUCAGAAAGUGGUCAAGAACCUGAUCAAGGUGGCGGUGAAGCUGGGCAUUCUGCUCCGUGGCGGCCAGCUGGGCGGGGAGGAGCUGGCGCUCCUGCAGCGCUUCCGCCAGAGGGCGCGCCGCCUGGCCAUGACGGCGGUCAGCUUCUACCAGGUGGACUUCACCUUUGACCGGCGCGUGCUGGCCGCUGCCCUGCUCGAGUGCCGGGACCUGCUGCACCAGGCCGUGGGCCCGCACCUGACCGCCAAGUCCCAUGGCCGCAUCAACCACGUGUUUGGCCACUUUGCCGACUGCGACUUCCUGGCCGCGCUCUACAGCCCCGCGGAGCCGUACCGCUCGCACCUGCGCCGGAUCUGCGACGGGCUCACCAGGAUGCUGGACGAGGACAGCAUAUGACCUCUUUUUCCCGUCUGGCCCAACUCCACAGACAGAUGACCUGUCCCCUCUCAGAGGAUGCGAAACCGUUUAAAGCAGCAGUUUGACGGACCCAUGUCGCCUCUCCCGCCCAGUCCCACUAGGAGAGGACUUCACCCUCCUCGAGGCUGCUCUCUGCUCGGUCCACCUGUCCUGAAUCUCCAUAACCCUCAGGGGGGCUGGUCUGCACCCCUCAAAUAACCUGACGUCAUCUGAAAACUGGCAUUGCCCACUUAGUGAUGCCACCUGGGUUUCUCAUUCCUUCAGACAGGGGUCAUGCUGAACUGGAAGGGAAUGUUAUAGGGUGAGCUGUGUCCCCGCCGCCUGAGUCCUUUGUUGAAGUCUUAACCCCCAGGACAUACGAGUAUGACCCAAAUGUGGAACUAGGGUUGUUGCUGAUGUAAUUAAGAUGAGAUCACAGUGCAGCAUGUUGGGCCCCUAGUCCAGUGUGACUGGGGUCCUUACAAAAGGGGGAAAUUGGAACACAGAGAAGGCAAGAUGGAGGCAGAAAUUGGAGGGAUGUGUCUAUAAGCCGAGGGAUGCCAAAAAUUGCCAGCAGCCCCCAGAAGCUGGGAGAGUCUUAGAGAGUGGCCCUCCCAAGGAACCUGCCUGGCCAACAACUUGAUCUCGGGGUUCAGGCUUCCAUAACCACAAGCAAACAAGUCUCUGUUGGUUGCUUCAGCUGCCCGCCCAGUCUAGACGUUUUGUUCCGGCCACCCUGGUGAACGAGCUCAGGGAAGCCACAGAGAGGGCUGUGAUGGGUGCCGGCGUGGGGGCGAGGACGCUUCGAUUUGGUUGGAAUCAUAGCUUUCACACCCACGUGGAAGGGGAGGGAGCGCCCCCCCAAGAAGGGGGCGAGGGUAAAGCCAUCUGAGAUGCAGGCAUAUUUUUAAAUGACCAUUUCAUGUGUAGAAAACAAACACACCAACAAACGUUAUCAGAAAGCAAAGCUCAACAAAUCUUGGCUUUGGGGACACCCGGAAGAUACAGUGAUUCUCACCUCGGGAUGUCGAUGGACACAUGUAUUUGUGAUUUUUGUCAGAAGGGGGCAUGGGUUGCAAAACACGGCUGCAGGUCUGACCAUGUCAGGGUCAAAAAUGUUAUUCUGGGCGCCCUUGGGGGAGGGGAACAGUGUCCCGUGACUGUUUUGCAGAACUGGGUCAGGUAUGUUCAGGGUACAGGUUGCAGACAGGAAGCCUGCAGGCCUUAUUAGGUGAGAAGGUGGGUUUGCAUGGCCCCGCCAGUGUUUGAGACAUCUGGAAUCAGUAGCCAACACUUAAAACUGGGGAAAUUGUGUGUAUCAAUCUGAAUUUGGGCGUUUCUCUCAAAAACACACCUAAGCCUGCACUGCCCACUGGUUAAGCUGCAUAGAGGUGGCUCCUCUCUGCUUUGCCACAGUCCGCACUACUCCUUUUUGUCUCUCUCUGGCCUGUUGGACUGGCUGUCAAGAUUAUGACCCCAGGUAUGACCUCUUUCUGUGGUUUGGUUUCUGCUUCCCUGAAGCCAAAGUCUUUCAACCAAGAGCCAUACCUCCUACUCCACAGUUCUACAACCAACUUCCCCUCUUAUCUCCUCUAGUCAAGAGACGGAUCUUCAAAUUCAAGAGCAAAUAUGCAUUUUGAGUGCCCAGAGAAGCCCCAGAUGAAAUCCUUUGCCCUAGUCUCUGCUGACUGAAUUUAUCAAUGUGCAUAAGGCUUUGUACUUUUCUGCUGGGCUGUCCAGCCUCUCUUGACUCCUCAUCAACUUGAGAUUUAAUUUUGAAAAACCAAAGAGCACUACAGAACCAUUUAAAUAAAAGCACACGUCUUCCAUUGGCAUGAUGUGGAACUGGCAACUUAAUUGCUUGGUGCCAUCUGAGUUUUCUGCUCUCUCAGGUUUUUGCCUUAAAUUUUUUUUUGUCAAUUACAGCUGACAUUCAAUAUUAUGUUAAUUUCAGGUGUACAGUGUAGUAGUUCAGCAUGUAUAUGAUUUAAGAAGUGAUCCCCCUGGUAAGUCUAAUACC